UCCCAUUCCUGGGGUCUGAAUGGGAGCACGUUGAGCUGUAAUUAAGACAUCUUGGAGGCGUACUUAACUCAUGACGUGUUGCUUUUCUUUUCCUCUCGGUGAGAAAGUGGCUCUCUCUUCCCUGAGUCAGGUCCUCUGCCACCCAGAGCCACAGAGAGACACUCGGAACAUAGACACACACACGCGCACGCUGACUUAAGGUGAGCACCAAAAAACUUCCUCCUGCACUUUGCUGCCCUCCGUUUCAAACUGCUGGAGAGGUCUGAGAGCAUCUCAACUCGCAGGGAGCUCUGCGCAAGUGAAGAAGAUUCUUUUGGCCGUAAAGAUGAAGAGUCUACUUUUUCUGGUGCUGAUCUCUGUCUGUUGGGCUGAACCUCACCCUGGCAAUUCAAGUCUGGAGCAUGAAAGAAUUGUUCAUAUUCAAGAAAACGGGCCCCGUCUCCUCGUGGUAGCAGAGCAAGCUAAAAUCUUCUCCCACCGCGGCGGCAACGUCACACUGCCAUGCAAAUUCUACCACGAGCACACGUCCACGGCCGGCUCAGGAACACACAAAAUCCGCGUCAAGUGGACCAAACUCACCUACGAUUACCUCAAGGAAGUGGACGUGUUUGUGGCCAUGGGACACCACAGGAAGAGCUAUGGGAGCUACCAGGGCAGGGUGUCCCUGAGGGAGAGCAGCGAGAACGAUGCCUCACUCGUCAUCACCAACAUCAUGCUGGAGGACUACGGGAGGUACAAGUGCGAGGUGAUCGAAGGGCUGGAGGAUGACACGGCAGUGGUGACCCUCAAUUUGGAAGGUGUGGUAUUCCCCUACUCCCCGCGGCUGGGGCGGUACAACCUGAACUUCCACGAGGCACAGCAGGCGUGCGUGGAGCAGGACUCGGUGAUCGCGUCCUUUGACCAGCUCUACGAUGCCUGGAGGUCGGGGCUGGACUGGUGCAACGCCGGCUGGCUCAGCGAUGGCUCCGUGCAGUACCCCAUCACCAAGCCCAGGGAGCCCUGCGGGGGCAAGAACACCGUGCCUGGCGUCAGGAAUUACGGGUUCUGGGACAAGGACAAGAGCCGAUACGACGUCUUCUGCUUCACUUCCAACUUCAACGGUCGCUUCUACUACCUGAUCCACCCCACCAAGCUGACCUAUGACGAGGCCGUGCAGGCGUGCCUGAAGGACGGGUCCCAGAUUGCCAAGGUGGGGCAGAUCUUUGCCGCCUGGAAGCUGCUGGGCUACGACCGCUGCGACGCGGGCUGGCUGGCGGACGGCAGCGUGCGCUACCCCAUCUCCCGGCCGCGGAAGCGCUGCAGCCCCAGCGAGGCCGCCGUGCGCUUCGUCGGCUUCCCUGACAAGAAGCACAAGCUGUAUGGUGUCUACUGCUUCAGAGCCUACAACUGAGAGAGUGUACCUACAGCAUGAAAGUUUUCCUUUAAAAAGUCAUUGAGAACGUGUGAAAGAUUUCUUUUUUUUUUUUUUUUCUCGGUAUGAACUCAUGCAAUCUACCAAAACUGUGAUAAACCUCUUUUACUUACUGUAAAGAGUCGUUUUCGUAGACCCUCCCCCCCCCCCCCCCCCCAACCCAUUGGUUUGUUUUUUUGGUUUUGUUUUGUUUUAGUGGUUUUUUUGUGAAAAUAUCAUUCCAUAGAUAUUUUAAAUUAAUAUAAUUUAAUGGGAGCUCUAGGUAAGGAACUUUUAGAUUCAAAUUCUUUAAGCUAUGUCAUCCCAAAAAACUUAUAAUUUUCAUGAAUGGGGCAUGCAAUAGAGCUUGACAAUUGCUAGGGCACAAUUAUGGAGUGUAAGGCUACUCAAAGCAGAAGCUUUUAAAAGCACAGAUUUUACAUAUUUGCACCAGUUUGAGAAACAUUGCAAAUUGAUUAUAUCAGGAAUUUUACAAUAAAGCAAUCUUUUUGUUAAAGGGGAUCAGUGGGGUUUCGCAAAGAAACCUCACAACAAUAUAUGUUAGCAAAUAACUGUUUUCACUGGUUCACAUGGGAACAACAGAGAGUUUAAUAAAAGCAGCUGAAACAGUCCACAAAAAUAGGACUAGUUUUACAAUCUCAAAUCUUGCCUUUCUGAAAAAUAAGCUCAUGGUCCCAGACAUAGGAAGAAGCACAAUUAGUUCUCCUGGACAUUUCAAUUGUAUUUUUGUUGUGUAUAAGUCAUUGAGUGAAUAAUUAAGUAGUGAGAAAACUCUGUUUUCUUCAUAACUCCAAUUAGAGAUGCCUGAGAAGUGUUGUAUUACCUUUGAGUAGCUUUACUGAGCUAUUUUUAAACCCUUAAAGGCCGUUUGCUAAGCAGCAUAAUAGCAUCUACUCAGGGCAGUUGUAUAAAUGAACUGCUGGACAGAGAAAUUGUAAACUUUAGCAGCUUGAUUUUACAUUAGCCUUUGAAAUGUUAUUGUCUUAAUUAAAGAACAUUACAAUAUUUAAUAUUUCUUAGCUAUUUACACAUCACAAGAAAUAAAAAUUAGGAAAAAGAAAAUUCGAAAUAAUGAAGUCUUAAACCAAGACUAUUAGACAAAAUUUGAAACCAUUCUAAGUUUUAGAAGAGAAAAAGAAAAACAACUCUUCGUUUCCUUGCAUUUUAUUUGUAUCUAAAAAAGUACGUCUGUUUUUUAAACUAUCAAAGGAAUAAUACAUAUCGCUAGCCCUGAAUUAUUUAGUUAGUCCUCCUUUAGAAAAUAAAGCUAUUGAAAUACUUCUUUUCACUAAAUCUGCAGUGGUCUAGGUGGAAGAUGUUUACCUAAAUCUGCCAGUGUCAGAGAAAAACACACACUGUGCAUGGUGCCUAGGAUUUUCAGAGCUGCCUAAAGCACUAGGUCCUCCCUAAGUACCAGUUCGAGGGAAUUUGGGAUUUCUAAUGCAAACUCACUUUGGAUGCAGCAAUUCUUGGUGCUCAUCUUCAGAUACCUUAAUGCAACCAGUUUUUCAGAGAGCAGGUGCUCAAGGCUUUCUGAAAAUUUACUCCACUUAUGGUGUCUCAAAGCUGGAUAUCCAAAAAAAAGGCAGAGAGGCCACGGAUUAAAAAUAUCUUGGUCUCGGGUAAUCUCUUAAGUGGUUUUUGAUGUUCUCUAUUCAGUAUUGGUUCUAACACUUAAAAAUGGAGAACUCUUUUUCCUACUCUAUGCUUGCUGACUACGAAGAACUCAGAGGACCAACGUUUGCAUUUAUACAAAGUUUUAUAGCUGCCCACUGUUUCCAUAACUUAAAUGAGGUGUAGUGGUAUUUAUCCAGCUAGGAUACAACCUGUAUGCUUUCAUGAACGGUUUGGUGUAGCUAUUUUUCCAUGGACAUGAGUAAAUAAAUAUCUUUCCCGGAGUGGUUGUGGUCCUGUUUUAAGACUCUGUGAGCAAACCAGGAACAAUACGUGGAAAGAGGCCAUAGAGUAUUUUAUUGGAGUUCAUUCCCAUUGAACUCAGAAGCAAAUUUCCAUCCUUCUGGGGAUAUUUGCAUCCUCUGUGGAUAUCUGUUCAUACUUUACAGAUGGAGCAAUCUCAGUGCCAAACCCCUCUUUUUUUAAUCCGCUAGGAAUUGGAUUUUCUUGAAAUGGUAACCCUUAGCUAUAAGUAGAGACUUACUCUAGGUCAAGUCCCUAAAAUCAUGCAACCUUCUUUUGAACAGCCAUUUUUUACAUAGGUGCCCAUUUCACACAUUUUCUCAGGCUGUUCAGAACCUUCUCUGAAACCUUUGGAGAAAAAAAAUGGAAAUGGAAAUAGAAAUGUUAAAUAUCCAAGCAGGAUAAGGAUUGGGGUAUGCAAGAGUGGACCAUGAUCAAGAGGAAUACAUGUCAGUCCUCCAUCCAAACUUCAGAAAAUUUGAAAAAGUGCAGACUAUUCUACAGUUUUUCUUCUGAAGUUUGGACAGGGAGGUUGCAGGAUAGGAAAAGCUGUAGAGAAUAUCCAAGUAAUUACCACAGCUAGAUCCAGAGUUGCUGUAAAGAGGGGAGCCCUAUGCAGCUGGCUCUACCCUCCCCAAAGAUCUGCUACAUCUGGAGGAGGCUGCAUGGUUUUCUUAUUGCACAGAGGUGAAGAAACCCUCAUUAAUUUUUUUUUUUUUUUUUACCUCUCCAAAGAAACCCCUCACAGGGUUUCACCCAGACACAUCUUUUUUUUUCUUUUUUCUUUUUUAUUUUAAUUUUUUUUUUUUUUUUUUUUUUUUUUUUUGCAGGAAUGGGGAUGAUAUUUUGCCUGCAUAAAAAAAAAAAUAGAUGUACACAUCCAACCCACUCGUGGGGCUGGCUGAAGUGCCCUCACUGCUAGACCAAAGGCACUGCGGGAAAGGCAAGUUCAGCCUUUCACCAACUUUGCAAUGCUCUGGAGAUGGCUGGCCAGGUCCUAAAUCUCAGCAAUCUCAGGCUUGCACUAGUUUAUGCCUUCUGUGUCCUCACCUCCUCCUCCUCCGGGCUGGCUGCCGCCACCACGGCCCGGGCGUAGCAUCCCCUGACCCUCCCCUGCUCCAGCAUCCCCCAAACCCCAGCACAACCCCGGCAAGGUGGCUGAGCAGGCUCUGCACCACCCACCCAGGGUACUCCCCCGGCUUGGCAGCACGAGGAGGGCAACAAGGAGUCAGUGUGUCCAGAGGGACGCCGAGCUGGUGUGUGAUCACAGAUGGCCGAAUUUUACCGCUGGGUUUUGUCGCCUGUAAGUUCGCGUUGGAGAUGUCGCUUGGUAGGGAUCAUAAUUUCAUGUAUGGAGUCACGGGGUGUGGGCUCACACCCGCUGUGUUGCUCACGAGGAGCUCGUUAGUCUAAUUUAUGAUCAGGCUAGAUUUAGGUCUGUGUAUUGAUAUACGACAUUAUGUGCUAUUAUAACAGCUAAUUGGAUAGCCUGGAGAAAAUAUGUUUGUAUGGAAAAAAAAAAAUGUAAAAAAACAAUUAGUUCUAAUGUAAGCAGGUAUAAAAACCAUAAAAAAUGUGUAUGAUUACCUGAGAAGUGGGCACAAAUAGACAAAAAGACACGAAUUAUAUUUAUUUUUACAGCUAAUGACUCCAUUUCCUUUUGUAAUGUCAAAUGUCAGGAUGUUUUCUUAUUUUCAACUAUGCUAGCUAGGUGCUUGAAUAAAAACUUCAAAAAGCAGCUUAA